AUGACAUUGGCUUUAAAGAAGAGGAAAACAAAAGCAAAAGAUCAUCCAUUUCAUCUCUAUACCGAUGAGUGGAGGGUUACAGAAGAGAAUGGUGAACAAAUGCCUUGUUACUUUGUCAUGGUAAGCCUACAAGAAGUUGGAGGAGUUGAAACUAAGAACUGGACAGUCCCAAGAAGGCUCAGUGAGUUUCAGAAUUUACACCGGAAACUUAGUGAGUGUGUCCCAUCUUUAAAAAAAGUCCAGUUGCCUUCUCUUAGCAAGCUGCCUUUCAAAUCUGUAGAUCAAAAGUUUAUGGAAAAGUCAAAGAAUCAAUUAAAUAAGUUUUUACAGAAUCUGCUUUCAGAUGAAAGACUGUGUCAGAGUGAAGCACUUUAUGCCUUUUUGAGCCCUUCUCCUGACUACCUCAAGGUUAUUGAUGUGCAGGGGAAAAAAACCACUUUUUCAUUAUCUUCAUUUUUGGAAAGACUUCCUCGUGACUUCUUCUCCCACCAGGAGGAGGAGGCAGAAGAGGAUAGUGACCUGUCAGAUUAUGGUGAUGACAUGGAUGGAAAGAAAGAUGCAUUGGCUGAACCAUGUUUCAUGUUGAUUGGGGAGAUUUUUGAACUUCGAGGAAUGUUUAAAUGGGUGAGAAGAACAUUAAUUGCUCUCGUUCAGGUCACUUUUGGAAGAACCAUCAACAAACAAAUCCGGGACACAGUGAACUGGAUUUUCAGUGAGCAAAUGUUGGUUUACUACAUCAGUGUCUUCCGGGAUGCUUUUUGGCCAAAUGGGAAAUUGGCGCCACCGACCAAAAUCAGAAGCAAAGAGCAAAGUCAGGAAACAAAACAGAGAGCCCAGCAAAAGCUACUUGAAAACAUUCCAGAUAUGCUUCAGAGCCUUGUUGGACAGCAAAAUGCUCGCCAUGGUAUAAUAAAAAUAUUCAAUGCACUGCAAGAAACAAGAGCUAAUAAACAUUUGUUAUAUGUGCUGAUGGAACUUCUGCUAAUUGAACUGUGUCCUGAGCUGAGAACUCAUUUAGAUCAAUUUAAAGCUGGUCAAGUUUGAGACUGCACAAAUAAACCACCAGAGAAAUGUCUGUGUAAUAGACAUGAAACAUUUUCCUCUUUUCCACAGAGGGCCUGAGAACCAUAUUGAUUUUUAUUUUAGUUACCUCCCUCUAAUUUUAUGUGAAAUAAGCAGAAUUGAGGGGGACAGGGACUUGACGCUAUAGUGGGCAACAGGAAAAAAAACUUGUUUAUUGAUUUUUAUUUAAAUAAUAUAAAUACUUUAAAGUUCAACAUACUGAUUGAAAUACAAAUGUUAAUAUGUGAUAAGAAUCUAGGAAAUAUUUUAAAUAUUUAUGAAAAUGGUUUUGUUUUAAAAUAAAGAACUGUGAAUAUUGUACAGUUUAUUUCCUCACUGAGGAUUCUGAACAUUCCUAUAUUAUUUCAUGUGUAUUAAAGAACAUUGAUGUGCAAUGCUUUGUGUAAAGUUGUUGUGAAAAUUUUAUUGUCUUUAUUUUUACCAAAGAUUUCCCAUAGUUUGAAGCAUUUGAUGCAAUAAAAUAUAAAAAUG